GUAAUGUAAAAUGAAGAUCCAGAACCAGAAGCAGCAUUUAUGCCUUAACUUUCGUCUGAAAGAUGCCCCUCUUUCUUUUCUCACCAUCAAUUCUCUGUUUUUUUUAGCCGUUUGUACUUUUGGAGCUAAUUCUAUGAAAAUCCUAAGAAUGAUUUAAUCAUUCAGGGUUCACUGUUCCAAGUAAGCGUUGCGUGAAGGGCUCUUUUUGUACAACAACAAAGACGCUACUGCCGUAAUCGAAUUGGUCAAAUUAUACAUAUCCCAAAGGAAUCAUUAUCCACUCCACUACCUUGAAGAUGCUGAUCCCAUUUUUCUUCUACCACCUAAUAACACUCCGCACACACGCCGCCACCAUCCUGUCCCAUGCCGCCGCAUCGCCACUCUCCUUCUCCGUCAAAGACUUCGGGGCCAGGGGGAACGGCGUCCACUACGACACCCUUCCAAUCCAAUCCACCAUCGACGCCUGCUCCGCCGCCGUCUCGACCUCCCCCCACAUCCCAUCAUGCCACGUGGAGUUCCCUCCGGGGAAGUACUUAACAGCCACUGUACACUUAAAAUCCCGCGUGAUUUUGCGCGUUCACAAGAACGCCACCAUAUUGGGGGGCACGAAGAUCGAAGACUACCCGAGGGAGCAGGAAAGGUGGUACGUGGUGCUGGCGGAGGAUGCAGCAGACGUGGGGAUCACCGGCGGCGGAGAGAUAAACGGACAGGGGUUGAAGUUCGUGAAGAGGUUUGAGGAGAGGAAGAAUGUGAUGGUGAGCUGGAACGAGACGGGGGCGUGUCUGGGGGACGAGUGCAGGCCAAGAUUGGUGGGGUUCAUCGGUUGUAGGAACGUCAGAGUGUGGGACGUCAAUCUUAUCGAGCCCGCUUAUUGGUGUUUGCACCUUGUCCGCUCGCAAAACACAUCAGUGGAAGAUGUUACAAUAUAUGGGAACUUCAAUUCGCCUAACAAUGAUGGGAUAGAUAUAGAGGAUUCCAAUAACACAUUCAUCACAAGAUGCAGAAUUGAUACAGGAGAUGAUGCUAUUUGUCCAAAGUCAUCCACAGGACCUGUCUAUAACCUUACUGCAACCAACUCCUGGAUUCGAACAAAAUCUUCAGCAAUCAAGCUUGGCAGUGCUAGUUGGUAUGAUUUCAAGGGAUUUUUGUUUGACAAUAUUACUAUUUAUCAGUCCCACAGAGGGCUUGGCUUCCAAAUAAGAGAUGGAGGGAAUGUUAGUGACAUUAAAUUUUCUAACAUAAAUAUCAGCACAAGAUAUUAUGAUCCUUUGUGGUGGGGAAGAGCUGAGCCUAUUUAUGUAACUACCUGCCCGAGAGACUCCACUUCAAAAGAGGGUUCAAUCUCCAAUUUACAGUUCAUUAACAUCACGGCAACUUCAGAAAAUGGCAUCUUUUUAUCAGGUUCCAAACAUGGAAUCUUGAGCAGUUUGAAGUUCAUUAACGUAAAUCUCACGUACAGACGACGGACAAAAUUUGCGGGUGGUGUGUUCGACUACCGUCCAGGAUGUGAAGGACUUGUGAAGCACAGCACAGCAGGGUUCAUGAUGGAACACAUAGAUGGUUUGGUUGUUCAAAAUGUGAACAUGAGGUGGUUUGAGGAUAACUCAGCCAGGUGGAAUAAUCCUCUUGAAUUCAGGCCUUCAACUGUGAAUAACAUCUCUUUCCUGAACUUCCAUUCAGGUUUCCAUUCUCGUGAAGUAGCUACUAUCUAGGCAGCAACAAUAAGCUUGGAGGCCUAUCGAUCAAUUUCGAUGUACUCUCAGAAAUUCACAUCACAGACCUGUAUACACAUUACUAGGGGUUGCAUUUCCACAGCAGAUACUGAAAUGCUUAAUAAUGCCUAAAUGGUUUUCUUUGCCUGUUUUCAUACUUGCAGACUGAAAAAUGAACGUUCAGAGCUUUCUUGUAGACUAUGUGAUAUGCUGAAACUGAAUGACUCAUUUGGCUUCA